AUGUCGCUGAACUUCACUGCCUCUUACCGUAUCAAGAAGAGCCAGCCAGGCGCUGUAUCACAGCGCAAGAAUCCUCUGAACCAGCUUCGUCGCAAGUCUGCAACGUCAAGUCCUCGAAAGUCCUCGAGUGCCCCGUCAACCCCACCAGUGCAUUCCACAUUCAGCGGCAAUAAUAAUGACUAUGAUGAUGAUUCCCUUGCCCUAUACUCCCCUAGCUGGCCGACUAGCUCUCGGCCAGACCCACUGCCAACUACAGUACUCGAGGGCAUGAAGUAUAUUAUGUCCAACCAGUUCACGCCUUUGCCACCGACUCUUACAGGUCUGGGUAUAUCGCGAGAUCUACUCGCUGAGGUCUUAAACUAUCGGAAGUCAUUUCCACCUGUCGUGCCUUUGCCACAUCUGCACUCGGUCCUCUUGUCACCAACGGAGACCGAGCGAGAAAUUACCUCCUUGGUGGCAGAUGGAACAUUACGCCGGGUUACGAUCAAAACAGGGAAUAUGACUUCUCUCGACGGUGUUAUUACGACAGAUGAUUUUCUCAAAUCUAUUGCUUCGAGUUCAGCGCUAGACGCCGAAUUGAAAGGGGCAUUUUUAUCGUUAUUCGUGAAUAAUCCCUCGUUAACAACUAUCACGUCUGACCCAACCGCUGAGAAUACCCUCCCAAAAGAAACUAUCAUGGCAUUACUAUCUGCUGGGUUUCUGACGAUAAACUCCGAUGAUGCAUAUACAUUACCUGCAGUUGAUAUCACUACUCUCACACCCACCUCUGCGAUGACAUAUAUAACUCCAAUACCAGAAAAAGACCAUUCCCAUAUUUCUACAUUAUCAUCGUUAUCAUCCAUAUCCUCUAGUAACAGAGAUGCCUCCAAAUCUUCUUCCUCUAGACCCUCGAAGCCAAGGGAUACCCAUAUAGAAUAUAUUAUAACCCCGCCAUCUCUUGGCCUCCUCACUAACCUCUAUUCCCUAACGAAAUCUCACCUUCUAGAUAUACUUCGUCAUUGCCCCCACCGCCAAGCAACGAUUGAGUUUGUAAGGGAGAAGUGGGAUGGAGGGGUUUCGAAGAACAAGGGCAGUGUUAGGAAGAAGAAGGACGGGGAAGUUAAGUUUGAAGGGAGGACGAGGAAGUGGAGGGAACACAAGGGGGUGACUAUUGAGUGGGUACUGGGUGGAUUAUUGGGCAGUGGAGUUGUUGAAGGGUUCGGAAAGGGGUGGGGAAGGGGCGUGAAGGUUGUUAGAGGGAAUUAG